AUGCCCCGGUCCACCGUCCACUAUAUUGUCCACCGAGUGACUGAGAAGGUCAUCUUCCUCCCGAAGACCCCGGAGCACCUGGAAGAAGUGUCCCGCGGGUUUGCAGGGCUGCACGCCACAGAGCUUUUAUCAAAGCUGCAGGUGCCAUCGACGGCUGUCACAUCCGCAUCAAGCCUCCGAGCGGCCCCUGAUGGUCAGUGCUACAGAAACAGGAAACUGUUUCCAUCCAUAAUCCUUCAGGCUGUUUGUGACCAUCAGGGCCGCUUCAUCGAUACGUACGUGGGGUGGCCUGGAUCGGUGCACGACUCCAGGGUGCUCCGCCACAGCCCACUGUACGCUCAGUCAUCCUACCCUCCUCCAGGGCAUUUCAUCUUGGCCGAUGGAGGAUAUCCAUGCCUCCAACGGCCUCUCCCCCUCAUCACUCCUUACAAGAGGCAGGUGCAAGGUGUGGGAGCCAAGCGCUUUAACAGCCAUCAUUCCAGGGCACGCUCCAUUAUAGAGCGUGCUUUUGGAAUGAUGAAGACAAGGUUCCGGUCCAUCUUCCUGCAAGCGCUGGAGGUGCACUACACCUUUGUUCCUCAUGCUGUGACAGCAUGCACCAUCCUCCACAACAUCUGCCUCAGUGCCGGAGACGUGUUGGCACCUGAGGAUGAACCUGAGGACGAUGUGGAGGAAGAUGAGGGGGAGGCUGACAUGGAGGCCGUCAGCGGUGCUCAGUGGCGGGACCAACUCUGUGCUGAGGUGUCUGCCCUGGAGGUUGUACCACCAGGUCAUGACUACCUUUAACAAGCAAAUGUGACAGCCGUUGAUUGAGUCACUCUGCAAACCCUGCUGGUGGACGAUGUAGGGGACAAUGGG